AAGAAAACUAAACCAUGGAAAGGGCUCUCAAAUAUAUCAGGCUUGCUGCCCAGUAUUAAAGCACAGCAGAUCUUCAGACUUUUCUGGAGCUCCUUGUAUGUUCAUACAUGAGUAUGAAUGGGAAAAAAGGCCAUGAGAGACUGCUCCCAUGAUGGCAGAGACUUGUAUGAAGGGGUUUGUUGACCACUCCACCACUCUUAAAUGCUAAAAGCAGAAAGCACUAGCUGGUAGCUCAGUGUGGAGCAAACAUUUUAUUUUAAACUUCAAAAACAAUUAUGUCAAAGAAAAGUCGUGCCAAGGGAGAGAAGUCCGACAUGGAGACUGAAGCCCUGCAAGCUGCUAAUGAGGAGCUGCGAACUAAACUAACCAACAUCCAGAUAGAAUUUCAGCAAGAGAAAACCAAGGUGGGUAAACUGAGAGAAAAGAUCCAAGAGGUUAAGCAAGAAAGGGAGCAGGAGCAGCAUAAGCACACUGCCUAUGUUUCUGAACUGAAAGCCAAGCUCCACGAGGAGAAAAUGAAGGAACUUCAGAGCGUCAGAGAGCUACUGAUCCGGCAGCAUGAGCAGGAGGUGGCAAGAAUGGUGAAAAUCAAAGAUGGUGAAAUUCAGCGUUUGCAGUCAACAGUCAAUGUCCUGCGGGACGGGGCGGCUGACAAGGUGAAGACGGCGCUGCUGAGCGAGGCUAAGGAGGAGGCUCGCAAGGCGUUCGACGGGGAACGAAUGAAGCUGCAACAAGAGAUCUUGGAGCUGAAAUCUGGCAAAAAGCAGCUUGAAGAAGCUCUGAACAACAUUAUGCAGGCAGAUAAGAUGAAGGCUGCGGACCUGCGCACGGCUUAUCAGUCCCACCAGGAUGAGAUCAAUAGAAUAAAGCGGGAGUGUGAGAGGGAGAUCCGCAGGCUGAUGGACGAGAUAAAAGGCAAAGACAGGGUGAUUCUGGCUCUGGAGAAGGACCUUGGUGUCCAGGCAGGCCACACGCAGAAACUGCUCCUUCAGAAAGAAGCUUUGGAUGAGCAGCUUGUCCAAGUGAAGGAGGCAGAGCGAUACCACAGUAGUCCUAAGAGGGAGCUUCCUGCAGGAGUGGCAGAUAUCAGCGAACUGAUGGGAAGUCCGGAGCAGCAUCUGGAUGAACGAGAUGUGAGGAGAUUUCAGUUAAAAAUCGCUGAACUGAAUGCUGUAAUAAGAAAGCUGGAAGACAGAAAUACUCUCCUAGCAGAUGAAAGAAAUGAACUGCUGAAACGUUCUCGGGAGACAGAAACUCAGCUGAAGCCUUUGGUAGAAAAAAAUAAGAGGAUGAGCAAAAAAAAUGAUGAUAUGUUACAAUGUAUCCAGAGAAUGGAAGAAAAAAUAAAAAAUUUAUCGAGGGAAAAUGUAGAACUGAAAGAAAAGUUAUCUGCACAACCAGCACUGAAGAGGCACACAUCUUUGAAUGAUCUCAGCAGCACACGAGAGGAACAAGAAAUUGAAUUCCUUAGACUGCAAGUCAAAGAACAACAGCAUGUUAUUGAUGAUCUCACAGUGGAAAGAGAACGGUUAUUGCGGUCUAAAAAACAGAGGAGGAAAAGUCUGAAGCCUCCAAAGAGGCAUGUUGUGGAGACAUUUUUUGGAUUUGAUGAAGAAUCUCUUGAUUCAGAAACUUCAUCUGUAACUUCAUACAACACGGAUAAAACAGACAGGACUCCUGCAACCCCAGAAGAAGAUUUGGAAGAUAGCACGCCUAAAGAAGAAGCUGAACUCAGGUUUUGCCAGCUAACAAGAGAGUAUCAAGCUUUGCAAAGAGCAUAUGCAUUGCUCCAAGAACAAGUUGGUGGGACCCUGGAUGCAGAGAGAGAAGCAAGGACUCGGGAACAACUGCAAGCUGAUCUUCUCAGGUGUCAGGCAAAAAUUGAGGACCUGGAGAAAGCUCUAAUUGAGAAGGGACAGGAUUCAAAAUGGGUAGAAGAAAAGCAGCUGUUAAUUAGAACAAAUCAGGAGUUGCUAGAGAAGAUUUACCGAAUGGAACAAGAAGAACAUCAGCUGAAGAAUGAGAUGCAAGAUGCAAAAGACCAGAAUGAGCUGUUAGAAUUCAGAGUGCUAGAGCUUGAAGAGAGAGAGCGAAGGUCACCAGCAUUUAAUCUUCAUAUAACCACCUUCCCUGAAAACAAUGGAAGUGCACUUCAACUGUUCUGCCAUCAGGAAGGAAUAAAGGACGUGAAUAUAUCUGAACUUAUGAAGAAGCUAGAUAUUCUUGGAGAUAAUGGGAAUUUGAGAAAUGAAGAGCAGGUUGCAAUAAUCCAAGCUGGGACUGUGCUUUCCCUCUGUGAAAAGUGGUUGAAGCAGAUAGAGGGGACAGAAGCUGCACUGACACAGAAGAUGUUAGACCUGGAGAAUGAGAAGGACCUGUUCAGUAAACAGAAGGGUUAUUUAGAGGAAGAACUCGACUACAGGAAGCAAGCUCUGGACCAGGCAUACAUGAAAAUCCAGGAGCUGGAAGCCACGCUGUAUAAUGCCCUGCAGCAGGACCCAGGCAGGCGGGCGAGCGAAUCGCUGACGGAAGCGCAGCGGGAGGAUUUGCGGGCGGCGGUGGAGAAGGUGCGGCGGCAGAUCCUGAGGCAGAGCCGUGAGUUUGACAGCCAGAUCUUGCACGAGAGGAUGGAGCUGCUGCAGCAGGCCCAGCAGCGAAUUCGAGAUCUAGAAGAUAAAAUAGAACUUCAAAAGAGGCAACUCAAAGAAAUUGAGGAAAAGUUUUUGUUCCUUUUUUUGUUUUUUUCACUAGCAUUCAUUCUGUGGCCUUGA